AUGAAGGCUCCAGGAAGCGCAAUGGAAGAAGAGCAAGAUCAGCAUGACCCUUCAAUUAAAACUAGGAAUACACUCAUGUGGUUUCGUACUGAUCUCCGACUUCAGGAUAAUAAGGCCCUUUAUGAAGCCUCUAUGCGUUCCAAAGUAGGGGCCAGACACCUGAUCGCCCUCUAUAUUAUCUCCGAGGAUGAAUGGAAGGAGCAUGACGAGGCUCCCAUCAAAAUCGACUUUUGGAUGCGUAAUUUGACUAGCCUAAAGAAGGACCUAGAUCGGCUAGCUAUCCCUUUGGUCACCAAGACUGCAAAGGACAUAGCCGACAUCCCGACUUUAGUGGAACAGGUCGUCAAAGAGAUGGAUAUCAGUCAUGUCUUUUGGAACGCCGAUCUGAUGAUUGAUGAGCAGAGAAGAGAUGCCGCCGUCAAAAAGUCAUUGAUGAAGCUUCCUGGCGUUGCUGUUGAGGAAUGUAAUUGUGAAUGCAUUGUAGACCCAGCCGAUAUCAAGACAAAAACAGGAAACCCCUAUUCUGUGUUCACCCCUUACUACAAUAACUGGUGCAAGCUUGUUGAGACUGAGCAGCAUUACUUGGAAUUGACUGGACCGCCUGAAGCCAACCCACCCGAGGCAAAGGAUAUCUUUGCAGAUAUCUUCAAAACAGUCCCUUCUGGCUCUUAUCCACAUUCGCUCGACAUAAAAAUGGUUAAUGAGCUGUACCCAGCUGGCGAAGAUGCAGCUCAUGAGCGACUAAAGUCUUUCCUCCAAUCCAAAGUCAAGAAGUAUAGAGAGGCACGAGAUGUACCGGUGCAAGAUGGAACAAGUUUAAUGAGCCCAUACCUUACAUCUGGAGUAGUUACAACGAGGCAGUGUGUGGCGAUUGCUAGAGCUGCCAAUAACAACAAGAUCGUCUCGGGAGAUGAGGGUAUCAAGGCAUGGAUUAGAGAAUUGGGAUGGAAGGAAUUUUAUAAAAAUAUCCUAAUCUCUUUCCCUCGCGUGUGCAUGGGCCGUGCAUUUCAGCCUAAAACUGAAAAAGUGCAAUGGAGUGAUAAUAUGGAGCAUUUCCAGAGAUGGUGCGAGGAUAAAACCGGAUUUCCCAUUGUCGAUGCAGGCAUGCGGCAGCUUAAUGCUACAGGAUAUAUGCAUAAUCGUCUUCGCAUGAUCACGGCCUGUUUCCUCGUAAAGGAUUUGCUCAUCGAUUGGCGCCUAGGAGAAAGGUACUUUAUGAACAGUCUCAUCGACGGUGAUCUAGCAAACAACAAUGGUGGUUGGCAAUGGAGUGCUUCCACUGGAACAGAUGCGCAGCCUUACUUUCGUGUCUUUAAUCCACUUCUUCAGUCCCAGCGGUUUGAUCCAAAGGGCUCUUAUAUCCGUAAAUGGGUUCCUGAAUUGAGGGGACUGAACGAUAAGCAGAUUCAUGACCCAAGUCAUAUCUUGCAUCCCAAGGAUUUUGCUAAGCUUGGAUAUCCCAAGCCAAUCGUGGACCAUGCUGUGGCGAAAAAGAAAUAUGUAGAUGAGUUCAAGCGCAUUCUCGCCCUUUGA